CAGACAGAGAAGUCAGAGAGGAGACGUGUGAGCUCUGGGGAGGGAACGAAUUUCCCAAAAACCAAAAAAAAAAAAAAAAAAAAAAGUUGGGAAAUAAAAACCCGCCGAUCUGAUUGGCUCACAGAAAAACCGUUCCGAGUAAUUAUGGGAUCGGUGAGCUUACUCUGAUAAUCGUCGGAGAGGAUGUCCCAAGCUGACGUCUCUUACAGCUGCGGGUCUUGCGGAUACCCUCUGAAUUUAACGUCUUCCAAUCGAAUCACCUCUGGGAUAGACUCUGAAUAUCGAAAAUCCAUAAAGAAAGGCCUAAUCUCCUUCAUUUCGGUUGAUCUCAGUCGAUUCACCCAAGUUGAUGAGGUGAACUGUUUUCCUCUGUCCUGGGGUCGUUACCGUUUGAAAACAAAACUCCUGUGCCGGAAAUGUGGGGUUCAUAUCGGCUAUGGAUAUGGAGACUCACCUGCCCUUUGCGGGUUUGACUCUGCCAAUUCAUCAGGUGUGGGUUACAAAAAGUUCACAGUUAAGAUUCGAGCUCUUCAGCCUUCAGAAGAGUGUCAAGAAGGUUGAUUACAAUGGAAGAUCCUUC